UGUUGGAUGGAGCACAUGAGGUUGGAUAAUGGAACGGGGCUGGAUCCUCCCGGGGUACGCGUACGUGCGGUCCACGGCCUGGCGGCCGCCCCCUCGUUCGUCCACCUUAUUCGCAACCUCGCCCGCAUUGGUUACGAGGACAAAAACAUGUAUUUGGCUGCCUAUGACUGGAGGCUCUCCUUUCACAACACUGAGGUUCGCGACCAAUCUCUUAGUAGAUUGAAGAGUCAGAUAGAGCUGAUGGUGAGGGCAAGUGGAGGCCGGAAGGUGGUAGUCGUCCCUUAUUCCACGGGGGCUCUGUAUUUCCUUCAUUUCCUGAAAUGGGUUGAAGCACCGCCAUCUACUUUUGGAGGCGGAGGGGGCUCAUCAUGGUGUUCUCAACACAUCAAAGCUGUCAUGAACAUUGGGUCUCCGUUUCUUGGUUUUCCCAAGGCCAUGACUGGGAUUCUCUCUGAUGAGCCUAAAGAUACAGCAUCUCUGAUUUGGGCUAUGUCUCAUGGCGAUUUGGAUCCGAAUGUUCAUGGUUUUCAAGCACUACAACACAUUAUGCACGUGUCUCGAACUUGGGACUCUAUACAUUAUGCAUUACCAAAAGGCGGGGAUGCAAUAUGGGGUGGAAAAAGUUUGUCAAUAAAGGAGAGUUUUGAAUGUGAACUAAGAAACAAGAAAAAUGCGAUGUCCUUAUUAAGGGACAGGACUAGUCCCAGCAAUGGAACUGUUGGCAAAGGAGGCUUCUCGAUUGGUAUGCUGGCUCACUAUGCAAGGAUCAUAUUCUUCAAAAGGAUAACUCCACUGUUUUCGUUAGAGCUUCCACAUGCUGAUCAUUCUAAGAAACUACUCAUAGGUUCUACAUUCCUUCAAAUGAAAUCAUCACAAGAAGAGAUGAAGGCAGUCAGUAGUGAGAUUGAUGGCACAAUAAGAACAAGAAGUGUGAAGAACAAUGCCUACAUUUCUAGCACAAUUCAUGAUCUGUUAUGCUUUGUAGCACCGAUGAUGGUGGAGCGGGCGCAUGCUCAUAUUUCUCAUGGUAUGGCUGAUGAUCUUGAUGAGGCCAAGUACACACAUUACAAAUAUUGGUCUAAUCCUCUUGAGACGAGGUUGCCUGAUGCUCCUGAUGUUGAGAUGUAUUGUCUAUACGGGGUGGAUACAAGGACAGAAGAAGCGAAUGAGAAUGGGGAUGACGGAAAUGGAGUACCCUUAGUGAGUGCUGGAUUCAUGUGCGCUAAAGGCUGGCGUGCGAGAACGCGCUUCAACCCUUCAGGUAUUCGUACCUACGUGAGGGAGUACACCGACACCAACAAAACCUCUCCCAACUUAACAUCCUCGGCUUCGGAGAGCGAUAAUGCUCGUGUCAACAUAUUGGGGAAUUCUGCGUUGAUCGAGGAUAUACUGAGGGUGGCUGCUGGUGCUUCAGGUUUUCAGAUUGGAGGUGACAAAGUGCACUCAACCAUUCUAAGCAUAUCUGAUCAGGUCAAGUUCCAUGGUGGGUAGUUGCAUGUCAUCGCCGCCGGGUAAAACUGUGAUGCGUCUAUGCGGCAGAGAUGGCUGGCGGAGGACUAAACAGUGAACAAUUAAUCGAGGCUAAGAACUAAUACUGCACUUACUCAGUGCACCCUCGUGCUGAGAAGGAGCGAUCCAGAUUGAAAACCCAGAGUGAAAGUUUGAUAUUGUAACCGGAAGCUUCACAUCAAGUUAAUUUCGGAGAAUACGUUAGCUCUAACCAUGAUGAGUGCUUACCUUCUCGUCUUCUCUUCUGCAUAAUACUUCGAGUUCAUCUUUUUUUUUUUCUUUUCGGGUUUUUAGGGAACUGUUGUAUUUUACUGGCUUAUAGGAAUUGUUGUGAUGUACAGAUUUAGGAGGUUGUUGUAAAUUUAAGAUCGAGGGUUGUUUGCAUUUUUCAUUUUUUUCAGAAUUUAGGGGAAGGC